GUUACACAGAGAAACCCUGUCUUGGGGAAAACAAAAGUUGUAUUGAUCUGGGAAAUGUUACUUGCUAUAAAAUUAAAUCACAGUGUGUUUAUUGUUUCAGUUCUGAGGUUCUUACAUCUAUAGAAAACAUUAUCCAAGACAUAGUCAAAAGCUUGGCAAGAAAUGAAGUGCCUGCCUUCACAAUAGACGACAGAUCGCGCUGGGAAAACAUGAUGUUUGAAGAUUCUGUCGGCCUUCAGAUGAUACCUCAGUGUAGCACAAGAAAAAUCAGAAGUGAUUCACCAAAAUCAAUUAAAAAAUUUGCUCUGAUUCUGAAAAUAUUGUCCAUGAUUUAUAAACUAGUACAGACCAACACUUAUGCAACCAAGAGAGACAUAUACUACACUGACAGCCAGCUCUUUGGGAAUCAGACUUCAGUGGACAAUAUUGUAGAUGACAUUUCCUGCAUGCUGAAAGUACCCAGGAGGAGCCUGCAUGUGUUAUCAACAUCCAAGGGGUUGAUUGCUGGCAACUUGAGAUACAUGGAGGAAGAUGGUACCCGAGUGCAGUGUGCCUGUAGUGCCACGGCUACUGCUGUGCCUUCUAACAUCCAAGGGAUCCGGAAUCUGAUCACAGAUGCGAAGUUCCUGUUGAUAGUAGAGAAGGAUGCAACCUUUCAACGGCUCCUGGACGACAACUUCUGCAGCAGAAUGUCCCCAUGUAUCAUGGUCACGGGAAAGGGCAUUCCAGAUCUGAACACAAGGCUCCUGGUGAAGAAGCUGUGGGACACGUUUCAUAUUCCUGUUUUCACAUUGGUAGAUGCUGAUCCCCAUGGCAUCGAGAUCAUGUGCAUCUAUAAGUACGGAUCCAUGUCCAUGUCUUUCGAAGCCCACAGCCUCACUGUCCCAGCUGUCAGAUGGCUUGGUCUCCUCCCUUCUGAUAUUAAAAGGUUAAAUAUACCUAAGGGUAGUUUGAUUCCACUGACAAAGCGUGACCAGAUGAAACUGGACAGUAUCCUGAGGAGGCCUUACAUUACCUACCAGCCCUUCUGGAGAAAGGAGCUGGAAAUGAUGGCAGACUCUAAGAUGAAGGCGGAGAUCCAAGCUUUGACCUUCCUAUCGGCAGACUACCUUUCCAGAGUGUACUUACCCAACAAGCUGAGGUUUGGAGGAUGGAUUUAAGAUCACAGUCGGGUGGUGUGUACGUACCAGGGCUUUCACCAGCUUGUUUGAACUGCAAACACUGGAUGAAGGAGUACAUUAAUAUGUUUGUCAGAACAAACUCCAUAAUGCUCUUUACAAUGUUUGAUCUUCUGUAAAGACAGACUCUUAUUCUAUGUUCUAGAGUGAUUAUAAAGUAACUUAUUUAAUUUUCAAAUUU